CAAUGAGAGGGUUCAAUAAUGUAGAUCAGCAUCACGAUAGUCUUUCCUCUUUUGAACUUCCAAGAAGUUGAGGUAUUUGCAAAGUCCUCGGGCAUCCUGGAGAUGAGCUUGGCCAGCAUGAUGAGCGACAGCAAGAUGCGUCGUAGUGCAGAACAACUGCAGUACUCCGUCCGAGAGUGAAGUCAAGGCAAGUAUAUAAGAUCAGUGACUUGUUUGUGGGUUCCUGCUUGUCUUCAUCUUUGUGCCAUAACAGUGUUCUUCACCUUCAGCAUGAAGAGUUUUUUCGUCAGCAGUAUAGCACUCGCCAGCGCCGCUGUAGCAUCAGCCAGGAUCGCCUUGCCUAAUGGCUGGUUCAAGAUUCCACCUGAAAAGAAGAUCGAGCCUGGCAAGUUCAAUAGCAAGCCACGGUAUCUGAUCUGGAUGGCCGACUCUCAGAUCAAGCAUGGCGUGGAGCCAACAUUCGCCUACACAGUGUCCGCCUACCUCUCCGGUAUUCUCCUUGCAUACGACAGAACAGGCGAUGACAAGUACCGCGACUAUGUCAAACGCCAUGCAGACACGGUACUGUACCCAGCAUGGAACGGCGAGAUCCUGCUCCACAACAACAGUAACUCCAUUGACGAUAUUCGUUUCGGGCACACGUUCUUGGACAUUUACAAUCUUACCGGUGGGGAAGAGAUAUACAAGGUCGCAGCAGACAGCCUCAAAGACCAGAUUGAUCGCUCGUUCCGCACACCAGAUGGCGGCUUCUAUCACCGCUAUCCUGUAUACAUUGAUCAGAUGUGGCUUGACGGCAUCUACAUGCUCGAUGUGUUCUACGCACGCUGGACGUACGAAUUUCAACCAGACAACACGACAGCCUGGGACGACAUCGCUUUGCAGUUUGACCUCAUCGAUGCUGGUACCACAGUCGACCGCGAACGCACCAAUGGUCUACCGGUCCAUGGCUUUGAUGUCAGCAAGAAGUCCAUAUGGGCUGAUCCUGAGACUGGUGCUGCACCACAUGUCUGGGGUCGUGCAGUGGGAUGGUAUAUCAUGGCGCUUGUCGACACUCUAGAUUAUUUCCCCGAGAAGCACGAGGGUCGUGCGCGACUUAUCAAGUACCUCCGGUCUGUGGCCGAUGCGAUUGUCGCCGCUCAAGAUCCGAACUAUAAGGGAUGGUAUAACAUCAUGGACCCUGGGCUUGAGGGCCGCUCUGGCAACUACAUUGAGAGCUCUGGAUCUGCCAUGUUUGUGUACGGUCUGCUCAAGGGAGUACGUCUUGGAUACCUCGAGGACAAGAAGUAUCUUGAUACUGCACUCAGCGGAUAUGAGCUCAUGACGGAGACCUUUGCUGAGAAGCGCAAGGCCGAUGGCGCAUUGGUGUGGGAAUGGACUGUUCAGACCGGCAGUCUAAGCUCGAACGGUACCUUUGAGUAUUACGCAAGCAUGCCAUUAUUCGAGAACGAUCUGAAGGGAGUUGCCCCUUUCCUCUUUUCUAGCUACGAGUACGAACUGUACAUCGAAGGUCAACAGUGAGGUCACAAAUAGAAGAGAUUAUGGUUAGCUUCGUUAUAUGUCUCUGAACUAGUCUUGUGCAAUAGAGCACCUUGUUGGCCUGCUUCUUCCUUCCAGGAAUAC